AUGGCCAGUGAAACUGCUACAGCCGAAUUAGACUUGGUAAAAGAGGAUUUUAGUACAGGAGAAGAAUUACCUACAGAUGAAAAACCCAAGGAAUAUGUGUUAAGUAAAACCUUGAGAUCACUACUCAAUCUCUUAACGCAUGUUCUGAUGAUAAUCACAGUGUUCAUUUGUUUAGUAUUCGCGUGCAAAUCGCAUAUCGGGAUUUACGAACUGCAUAUAAUUUCGGGUGUUAUUGGGUACCAAUUCUUCAUGUGCCAAGGGAUUCUAGUGCUAGCCAAGUACAACGCCUGGUCGAUAUACCUGCGUAGGCUCCAUAGAAUCCACAUUCACUGGGUCCUGGAGCUGGUCGCAGUGGCGCUGGUGACAGCUGGUGGUGUGUUUUUCAUCCUCGAAUUGCCGGCACAUUUCACAACGUUGCACGGAUCGUUUGGGUUGGUCGCUCUUGGCGCUACUCUCUUGAGCACUUUUCUUGGAAUAGUGGCGGGGAUAUCGUACAUGGCUAAAGCGUGUGCCCCUGCUAGAAGAUGGUUCAAAUACAUUCACCAUGCCAUAUCCGUCAUCGCACUUCUCCUGGCUUCGGUCAGCCUGUGCCUAGCGUACGACAACCCAACCUUCAAGAUUUGGACCAGCAGAUGGUUUGAAAACGACGAAUUUCCCGUCCCAAUUAUAAUGUUAAUUACUUUACUCUUCACAUGUUUAGUGGCUUUCGAAUUUGUGAUUGCGUUGAUUUGGGUGUAA